AGAAGUUGAUGAAAAUAAAGAAGAAGAGAAAAGGAAAACGCCAACAAACUGACAACAAAGCAAAGCAGCGCCUCCGAGCAAGGACAUCACAUCACUGGAUACUCCGUAAUAAGCCACAAAAUCGCCGCGUUGAAUUUACCUAGGCGCACGAAGGGAAAGCAGCCAAAACGGAGGCGCGCAGGCUAGCGGAGAUCGCGGCGAUGGAGAAGAAGGCCAAGGAGUCGCUGCGCCGCUACAAGAAGGCCGCCCGCCACAGUGCGACGCACUCGAGCAGCUCGGACUCCACCUCGGACUCGGACAGCGGGAGCAGCUCGUACAGCAGCACGGACAGCGAGCAGGGCGUGGGCGGUGGCGGCGGCGGUGGAGGUGUGGGCGGACCUGGUAGCGCCGGUGGACCCGCCGGCAGUGGCAGCGUCCACGGGCAUCCACAUCCCCACGGCCAUGGACAUCAUCCGCGCUCCGCGGAACGACAUCAUCGGAAAAAGAAGAGCUCACGGCGCGGCGGCAGCUCGUCCGGAGAUGAGCCCUCGUCGUCGCGUCGCAAGCGACACAAACGGGAUCAUGUGCAAAAGAAGUUGGUGGCCAAGCGGAAUCACAUCAAACGGAAGCUGAAGGAGGCGCGUCUGAAGAAACGCGCUGCCGCCGCCCUCAGUGGUCACGUCCAUCGCUCCCUGUCGCCGACUACGCGGGCCAAGCUGAAGAAGCUGGCCGAGCGGAAACGGCUACGGGCCGCCAGCAAGGAGCAACGGGAGCGGGACAAGCUGCGUGUCGUCCAACGGGACAGGGAACGAGACCAUCAUCGAUUGGGCAGCAGCAGAAGUCCGCCGAGCAGCAGCACGACCACCACCACCAAAAUUCGCAUCCACCAGGACAUCGUGGGAAAGCGGCAAAAGAGUCCAGGCUUAGGUUCUGGUCUUGGAGGCGGCAGCAGCAGCUCAUCCUCGCGUAUGCAUCACCAGCUGAUGUCGCGGGAGAAGAUCAUCAUUCAGACCCGCGCACGUGGACGUACUCCGUCCCUGGAACGGGAGCGGGAAAGGGAGCGUGAGCGAGAACGAGAAAGGGAGCGUGAACGCCACGAUCUCUCCUUGCGGGAGCGAGAUCGUCGGGAUCGGGAGCGCGAGCGUGCAGAACGUGAGGCAGCCAGGGACAAGGAGCGCGCUGAGGCCUUGGCUCGCUGCCAGGAACGUCAACGGGAGCGGGAACGGUUGGCUCGCGAGAAAUUGCGCCGCCAGGAGGAAGAGGAGGGUGGCAAGCGCGGUGGUCCCGGUCGAGACUUGGAUCUACCGCCGUAUGGCAGCCGGGAGCGAUCCCUGGACACCGUCGAAAGGGAACGAGAGCGCGAAAGGGGCGGUCGUCAUGUGCGCGACAAGCGGGAGCUGGAUCCCUAUGAGCGUGAGCAAGAGUAUCUGGAGGAACGGCAUGGCCACGGGCUGAUCGACGAGAUGCGCAGGUAUCGGCGCAGAGACCUCAGUCCUCUACCCGAGCACUAUGCGCCCAGGAUGCGCGAUCCGCGGGAACUGUACUCCGAAGAGGAGCGUGAGAGGGCCUACAAACGCGCCUAUCUGGAUGCCCGCUAUUCGUCGCGGGAACGAGAAGCCUGGCUAGAAGCACGCGAGUUGCGGGAACGGGAGUUGCAAGGACGCGAAUACCGCGACCUUGAAACGGAAGACACCCUCUAUCCGGAUGAGCGAGAACGUCUAAUCCGGGACAGGGAGCGGGAUCGGGAGCGAGAGCGUGACCGUGAAAGGGAGCGCAAUAUUGGACCCCGGGGCGACUUCCGACCGGAGUGGGAGCGCGAGUGGGAGGAGGAUGGCGCUGGUGGCGGCCCAGGGGGACCUAGUGGAACUCCUGGUCGACCUGGUGGCUUUGUGGGCGGUCCCAAGCGGGGCAAGCCACCAACUCAUUCGGGCGGAGGAGGACCUCCAUCGCAGCAGCAGCACCAUUCUGCUUCGGAGCCCGACUGGGAUGCCGACGAGCGGGAGCGAGAGCGGGAACGAGAACGAGAGCGCGAUCGGGAACGUGAACGAGAUCGCGAGGAUCGGCCGGACACUGGAAGCGGAGGCGCUGGCGGCGAACGGCCGUCUAUUAAAAACGAGCCCGCAUGGUUGGAGCACGAUCAGCGGGAGAAACCACGCGCCUGGCAGCAGCAGUCGUCCAACACUGGAGGUGAUUGGCGGGAUAACGAUGAUGCCCCGCCACCACCAGCCCAUCCACAUCCAGCUUCGCCGCACCACCAUGUGCAUCCGAGGGGCGAACGUGGAUCCGGCAGAGGAUUCCGGCGAGGUGGCCACGGUCAUGGCGAUCACGGCGAUCGGCCCGGCUACCGAUCCCAUCCGCCACCGCUGAUGACGUUGCCGGUGCAACCACCAGGCGGCUAUUCCCGCGGAUUUCCGCACAAACGGCUGCCUUACGGAGCUGCCCGCGAUGGCGGCGCACUGGGAGCCCGGGACGGCGGUCUGCCCGGUUCCUCCACCUUUCUCAAGAAGCACACGCACGCACCGCUGGUCUCACCGACGCAGACACCGCUUCUGAAUCCACUCAUCAAUCCGGCCAAACCGAAUGCAGCCGCACAGGCGAGUGCAGUGGCGGCCGCCACAACAGCAGUGGCAGCAGCGAAGGCUGCGGCUCAAAGUGCCGCCAAUGCCACCACUAAUCCCGGAAUACUGGCUCAGGUGAGUAAACUGAACACUGUGUGCAUUAAGCAGGAAGAUGCGUCUGAGGACUCGGCUGGCACACCCGAAUUGGGCGCCCAGGAUUCGCCGACCCAGAAUCUAAACCUGAAUCAGUCGCUGACUUCCGAGGGCAAUCCAGUUAAGCAGGAGCCAAUCCGCACCAGCGCCGUCGAGGGUGAGCUGAGCGAGAUUAGCGACAGCGACGACGACAUCCUCAAUAAAACAGACAAGGUGCGGCCCAAGAGCGAGCUGCCAACGGAGACGGAGCAGGAAAUGGACACCAAUGCAGAGGAGGUCAAAAGCGAGGGACUCCACGGUGUGGCAGGGCAUCCGAUUAAGGGCGAGGAGGUGGACGAGGUGCUGGACUUUGAGGAAAUAUCCGAUGGUGAGCUGGAGGAGGAUGCGCGGCACAAAGGCAUUGGCGAUGCUUUGGGCGUAGACUGGCAGGGAUUGAUAGCAGAGACGCGCCAGCAGGCCACCGAAGCACAGGCGGCGCAGCAGGGCGUGGACCGCGGCACAUCCGCCAAGCAGAGAUGGCAGCCACAUCGCGUGCUCCUCGACAUGGGCAUAUCGUUUGGCAUGGCGGGCGAGAGCUACGCACGUCGCGUCAUGGAGGAGGCGCGCCAGCAGUUGAUCCAGGAGAAGGAGCAGUGCCAGCAGCGCGAGAGGGAGCGCGAACUGGAUGGCGACCAGGAGCCGCCGGCUAAGAUAGCCUCGCCACUGCUCGACUACCGCGAGUUCCUGGCCAGCCAACAGCAGCUGGAGCCACUGGCAUGCGUGCAGAUGGGUCUUCGCAGCGCCGCCGUCGAGCGCCAGCGAUUGGUGGGCAAUGUCUGCGGUCCGGGCAGUCGAGCCCUGAGUGCUCGCCAGGAUUUGCGCUUGCGCCGCCAGCUGUGCGGCCUGCCAGCGCGAGAAUGCGAGUUCCCGCGUAGUGUUCCCAUUGUGGGCGAAGGACUGCGCAACCUGGCCAUGCAAAUGUUCCAGCGCAGGCUCCUGGAUGUCAAAUGAGAUCCGAUGCCCGGCGAACGGCAGGGGCGGCACCGAAAGCCACGCCACUAUCGACUGGAUAUACAGAUAUUUAUGGGCGGGCAUGAGGGCAAAAGGCCCAAACGAGAGCACUACUAGGUGGAUUUUUUGGAAUAAGCUUAAAUUGUAAAAAAUAAGUUCAUGUGGAUUAUUGAUCGAAUUGUAAAGAUUGUGAAUUAAUUAUGGAUUACGAAUUGAAUCAGGUAAAUUGUGAAUUAUGAAUUGAUUAUGAAUUAUACAAAAUUGUGAAUAUCAACU